AUGAUUAACGACCCGAGCAUCAUGCAAAAAACCGUGGAAGAGAUCGAUAGGGUAGUUGGAAAGGACCGUUUUGUUCUUGAAUCUGACCUCCCAAAUCUCAACUACGUCAAGGCGUGUGUGAAAGAGGCAUUCCGGUUACACCACGUUGCUCCGUUCAAUCUCCCUCACAUGUCGACCGCCGAUGCAGUGGUGGAUGGUUAUUUUAUCCCCAAGGGAAGCCACGUACUGAUUAGUCGUAUGGGGAUCGGGAGAAACCCUAACGUGUGGGACAAGCCACUUAAGUUCGACCCUGAGAGACAUUUGGGAAAUAACGUAGAUGUGGAGCUGAACGAUCCAGAUCUUAAUUUGAUAUCGUUCAGCGCGGGACGAAGAGGGUUAUGGGCUCGAACAUUGGGUCGGCCAUGA